GGAGAAGGAGCUCUGAAUGCAGAGCGAAGGAGGGACUGACUGAACGAGGGAGGGAUUGUUGUGAGGGACCCUCCAGACCUCAGACAACUAAAUCAGCAUCUUCACCCGGACACAUCUGUCGGCAGCUGUUUGACACCUCUGGGGGGGCGGGGGGGGUGCACCCAGCUAAUGAUGCUGUCCUGAGACGGGUGUGCUUUUGGUGUUUUUGGGUGACUGUUGCUCCUCGCUGCCAUGGCAGCAGCUCUGCCGGUGUUCUACCACGGCUCCAUCACCAGGACCGAGUGUGAGGAGCUGCUGGGGAAGAAGAACAAGGACGGAGCCUACCUGAUCCGGGACAGCGAGACCAUCCAGGGAGCCAUGUGUCUGUGUGUCUAUAAACAGAGGGUGGUGUAUACCUACAGACUGCUGCAGACACACAAUGGAAACUAUACUGUCAUGACAGCGGGAGGUGCUGAUGAGAUGUUUUUCAAGAAUUUGGACGAUCUGGUCCGUCACUAUAAAAGGAAGAACCGGGGUCUGGCCAUGCACCUUCGCCACUCUGUCAAAAGGAAGACGGCCAUGUUGAUCCAGUCCCAAAAACGUCCCGAUCCACCUGAUCCACCUGAGGAACAGGGGAGGCAGGAACCUGGACCCGAAGAAGAACAUGACUAUGAGAAUGCUCCUGACCUUUCAGAAUAUGUUGAAGUUUUGCCUUUUUGAACAACUUUGACACUUCAAACCCAUUCGGAGAGUGGAAAAGACAUUUUGUCUGAACUAUGGGUACGGUGGAAGAGUGCUCUUCAUCUGCUCGUGUUCCUGUGAUUAUGAGUGGAGAGGUUGGUCGCUCAGACCGAAGUAUCUCUCUAAAUAUAAGAUAACUGUUGGAUGGAUUACCAUGACAUCUGGUUCAGACUUUCAUGAUCCCCAGAGGAGGAACAGUAAUCCCUUUGUUGAUAAUUUACCUUUUCAUCCAUUUACAUUAUCUACUCUGAUUUUGCUUAUCAUACAUGUUUUGAAUGUAUGCGAAUGGCCUGUGAUAUAAGAUUGACGUCUUUUUAAAACACUGUCUUAAAACGACAACAUACUAGUUUGGAUGUAGCCCUUAAGCUGCACCUCAAAGAUCGGUUUUGUUUCGUUUGCCGUCACUUAUGGCCACAGUUGCAGGCGUGUUUCUGUGUUACCGUUCAGCUUGUGUUGAUUGUGGUGAAGCACCACUAACCCUCAGCGCUGCAGACCCUUGUCCUAGCGAUGAAUAAGAUCUUGUUUUUCUGCUGCUGCUUUGCGGCUCUACAUGCAUGUGGGAGCUAUUUUUUGAAGAUAAAGCUGAACAGCAUUAAUGUAACAUAUUUACACCUGGAGUUUGACACUCAGCCUUAAAGGUGCCCUGCCACACAAAACAGUUUUUACUUUUAAAUACUUUUUAAAUAGGUAAGGUCCAUAUAUUUGUGUGUUAUAUUGUGAACGAGAAGAUGAACUGCUACCUCCUCUGUCACCUCUAGGCAUUGGAAAGAAAUAGGAGGAGAAAUCAGGCCAAUCACAACAGCCGGUCAGUCUGACGUCAUGCUGCCUGAGCUCAUUAAUAUUCAUGAGCUCGCCCAGUUGCGCUGGGUAAAGGACGCUAACACCCAGGCUCUCAUUGGCAAGCUGUUAGCCAAUCAGAGUCUGAGUCUUCCUGCAGGCUUUCUAUAGGUAACCACAGUAACCAAGUUACAGUCCAUGGUAGACCUUACCUCUAAGUAAUGAAAUAAAUGUGGCAGGGCACCUCAGAGCUAUUCAACCAUCGUGUGAAAAGAAUCUAACAUCAGAUUAGAUGCAUGGCAUCAUCAUUUGCAUAUGAUGCACCUAAAAUGACAUGCAUGUGGAAACCAUUGACCUGAUAAAGGAAGCCCUUAACUUUUAUCUCAACAGAUCUGCCAUCCAGUCACCCAACUAAAAAACAGUUUCAGUAUUUCUCAGCACAGAUUCUCAGUUGUUUUAACUUAGAAACUAACGGCUUGUGGCUUCUGCGGUAACUGAGCUUAAACACAGAGGUCAUUGAACGUAUAGAUGAAUGUAGAAACCUAAAACUCACAGAAUAGUCACACAUUGGUUAUGGACUACCUAUGAAAAAGUUCUCAAACUUUUGCGUUCUGUUUGGUUUUUCUUCUUAUUGUGGCUUCUGCAUUUCCUUUUUCUACUUGUCAACAAAUUCCAUGAAAUGACCCUCAUCAUGUUAUCUUUCUCAAUCAUUUCUGACUUCCUGCCUGUGGCUGCAGUCGAGUGGCAGCUAAAUACCAGUUUUAAAAUCUUGGUGUAUGGCAGAGAUUAAUAUGAUAAAGAAAAUAUUUAUUGAAUACACAUGCAUUUGCACAUAAAAUAAAACAGAUUGGAACUCAGAUAUGCUGAUGAACGAGGGACUAAAAUCACAUUUUGUCAGCUUUAUGUCAGCAUGUACAUUUUUUCUAAAUACGCCUUCCUUCCU